AUGAAUAUCAAUAAGAAGCUGUUGCCUAUGAAAGGUCAUUUCUUUCUUUUCAAUGCUGGUACAGCCCCCGUUGUACCAUAUCUGUCCACAUAUGCCAGACAAUUAGGUUUUUCAUCAGCUACAGUUGGAUUAAUAUAUACAGUUCUUCCAAUAUUUGGUCUGGUUGCAAAACCACUGUUUGGUGUUAUUGCUGACAGAUUUAAAAUACAAAAAUCAAUCUUCAUACUAUUUCAAAUAGUAACGAUUGUAAGUUUUCUUGCCAUUUAUUUUAUCCCAGAAACUGGGAUGAAGACCUCUGUGGAAUUGGACUGUGGGAAUGGUGUCACAUUUCUGAGAAGUUGCUAUGAAUCAAAUUCACAAGUAGAUAUGUGUAAGGUUACAGUUUUGGAGAACAAAAAUGAGACUGCCGUUUGUAAGAUGAAAUGUGAUAUGACUUCACCGAAAAUGUGGCAGACUGUAUGUGAACACUGGCAUAUACCUCAAUACUGCUACAGUGAUUCUAAAAAUAUUGAGUACUUAACACACAUAAGCAGUAUUAAAAGUAAAGACCAGUGUCUAUACAUAGCCUCAAAUAAUGUCACACUUGAUGGUUACACCUUCACCCCACACUGCCGUGUCGGAAUGGGAUUUGUUGAUAUCAAUGAGCCUUGUACACUAAGUUGUAAGAACGAGAUGUUAUCAAAACUCAUUGGUGAUAACAAACCUAACAUGACCUGCGUUGAUAAUAUGAUGAAUUUUAGAUUGUAUGCCAAUAAUAGCUUGCCAGUUAGUGACGAAUAUGAUGAGUGUAGAGCCUCCUGUGAUCUAGAUCCAUCAACACCCUGGAAAUUAAUGGAAAUUUGUGAAGGUUGGGAGGCAGAUGUAACUACCACCUGCCAGCCAACAAACGCUCACUUCCCAGACACACUUGACUUCAAUGGAACUAUACUCCUUUCAUCCACAAUAACUGAACAUCAAUGUGUCUAUAUACAGCUCAGUCAUAUACAGCUAUCUGAUGGAUCAAUACAUUACCCCAAUUGUAUCUACAAGAGCCAAUACCAGAUCGAAGCUAACCUUUUCCACGCCUCCUGUGAGAUAGAAUGUGACAAUGAAAUGGUGAACGAGUUGUUUUCAACAUCAGACACCAAGCAGAGUGAAUACUCGCUGCAGUUUUGGUUGUUCUUCCUAAUGAUGAUCAUAAGCUGGGUCGGUCAGGCUGUUGUGGUGACCUUCGCUGACGCAAUCUGCUUUGGAUUGCUUGGUACUAAGAUCUCUCGAUACGGCAAACAACGUCUGUGGGGUUCCGUAGGGUUCGGUAUAAUAUCCCUCGUCACGGGAACCCUAAUAGACGUGUUUAGUAGCGGCGCCUACAAGGACUACACUAUCGCGUUCGUUCUCAUGAGCGUGUUUAUGUUCGGUGACGUCAUUGUGUCCUGCUUCCUAGAGGUGGAGUCAACAAAGAUGUCGGUGAACAUUUUAGCAGACGUGGGUUCAUUGUUGACGUCGCUGCCAACAUUCGUGUUUCUGAUUUGGACAAUAUCAGUCGGUCUGUGUACGGGCUUGAUUUGGAACUUCCUGUUUUGGCAUAUCGAAGACAUAUCAGGGUUGAACUGUGAAGUUGAAUAUGUUAAGACGUUACAGGGCCUAGUUAGUGCCAUACAAACAUUUGGUGGAGAGAUACCAUUUAUGUUCGUCUCGGGGUAUCUUCUGAAGAAAAUUGGUCACAUAAACGCCAUGACGCUCGUGCUAUUCGCUUUGGGUGUUCGUUUUAUCCUAUAUUCCAUACUGACCAACCCGUGGUGGAUACUUCCCAUAGAGAUGUUCCAAGGCAUCACAUUUGGGAUGUUUUAUCCGACGAUGACGUCAUACGCGAAUGUUGUAUCACCUCCCGGCACAGAAACUACAGUACAAGGUCUAGUAGGAGCAGUGUUCGAGGGUGUCGGUGUAUCUCUUGGUAGCUUCAUCGGUGGUCGACUAUAUGAAACUCACGGGGGCUGGAACACUUUCCAAUGGUUUGGAAUUUUCGCAUUCAUAGCAUGCGCCAUACAUGCCAUAGUUCAGUACUUUAUGAGGGACAAAUACACACACGUCAAUCAAGGCUAUACGUCAGUUAUAAGAUUCGGUCAUUCACCCGAUGCUGUUUUUAUAUUGGAAGAUAUGGAUGAAGGACGUUAA